AUGUUGUUUCUCCCCAAAUCACACACCGACGUCAACCAAUAUGCGGAUGAUUUGGCGAAGUUCAUCAGUACGCCCCUAGUUCGUCAGAUCACCGGCGAUAUCCACGUCAAUGAUGCUCUCAUCUACAAUGCUUGGGAGGCGUUACCCACAGAAUGGACAACCUGGUGGUCGGAGUUUGCAAACCAUCGCCUGGCACAGCAAGACUUGAUUGACAGCAUCAGCGAAGAAACCACAACCACAUUCUCCCAAGGCGAUAAAUCCCAUGAUUGCCAAUUGGGCCAAUUUCAACAUCGACCAGAAUCACUUACCGAAUGGCUGAAAACGGUCCAAUCCCUCGCUCUUCCUCGUGCUCAACGUCAAGGGCCGAUGAUGGAUCUGCCAGAGGUCUUGACGAGUCGAAUGAAGACUAAGAAGAUCGAGGAAGUUUCUGUCGCGACGGCCUACAUCGCGAACGUCUGCCAAGCCAAUAAUAUCACCCGCAUUAUCGAUAUGGGAUCCGGGCAGGGCUACCUCUCUCUAUCGCUCGCCUUUCUCUUCCCAUACUUUCGCGUGCUCGCCAUCGACGGUAGCGAGUCUCAGAUUGCCGCUUCAAAAGCUUCUGCUACCAGCCUUGGAGUUUCUGAUGACAGACUACGGCACAUAUUGCGCUACAUCGACGGCACGGAGUCUCUUGCAACUGAAAUCGCAGCCUGGGCUGAAGGGGAGAAGUGUAUGCUCGUCGGCCUACAUGCUUGCGGAAACCUGUCCGAUCAUAUGUUGAGGUACUUCACGGAAGUUCCAAGUAUAACAAAUUUGGGCGCUAUUGGAUGCUGCUACAACCACAUCGUUCCAUUUUCUGAUGCCUGCCCCGACGGUUUCCCUAUCAGCACGGCAAUGAGGGACAGAAACGUUGCUUUAAGCGCCACAGCACUGAUGACAGGCUGCCAAGCUCCAAACAAUUGGGAAAGGGUAGAUCUGAGCAAGGAGGACUCUGUGUACUCUAAACGACGCUUCUACAGAACGCUACUGGAGAAGGUCUUCUUCGACAAGGGCAUCAAACUCGACAAGGAAAAUAGGCCAGUUUGGGGCGUGCGGAAGGGAGACAUGACGAGUUUUACGGCAUUUGCAAGCAGAGCUAUUCAGUUUCUCGGUAUUGACCGGGCCAUCAUCAGUGACGAGGAGCUUUUAUUAUACGAGGAGCGUUUUCGGGACUACGAAGGCAAGGUGGCGAUACUAUGGACGCUCAGCGUGCUCUGCUGCAAGAUUGUUGAGAGCACCAUAGCAGUGGAUCGAUACCUCUUUCUCAUUGAGAGUGGAAGCAGUAACGUGGAUGUUCUGCCUAUCUUCGAUUACAAGACCUCACCAAGGAACCUGAUGCUGGUGGCCAAUAAGAUAAAGAAUUAG